UAUAUAAUCCACUGAAAACUAGUGUGAGUUAAUAAUAGUAGUAGAGCAAGGAUAAUUUGGAAGAAAAUAAGGGGCAAUUUGAAAAGUUGCUGAGUCAGCAAGGACGGAUGUCUAGUACGCAUUAUACAUUCCACGUCACAUUUUUUUCCGAAUCCCCACGUUACUUAAAUGCUUUCUUCCCCACACAGACCUACAUUACAUACACACUUACACUCGAUUAAAGAGUGAGUGAGAAAGAGAGAGAGAGUGAGUUUUAAAUAGCAUCAACUAGGAAGAGGAGCUUCUAGCUAGUUAGUUACUGAUCGAGUAAAUCUCUCUACUUUGCUGCCGAAAACUUUGCGUUGCUCUUCAAAAAAAAAUUUCCAUACAGAGUACUUGACAAUCAUCACAAAAGAUGGGUGAAGAGAACAAGGAGGAAAAAAAAGAGGAAGAAAAGAAAGAAGAAGAAAAGAAAGAAGAAGAGAAAAAGGAAGAAGCCCCUCCAGAAAUUGUGCUCAAGGUUGAUAUGCAUUGUGAAGCUUGCGCUAGGAAAGUUGCUAGAUCCUUGAAGGGUUUCGAAGGGGUUGAGGAUGUAAUGACAGAUAGCAAAGCUAGCAAAGUGGUGGUGAAAGGCAAGGCAGCAGACCCCAUAAAGGUGUGCGAGAGAUUACAAAAGAAAAGUGGCCGAAAAGUGGAGUUAAUCUCGCCUUUGCCUAAACCUCCUGAGGAGGCCGAGAAGGAGGAGAAGAAAGAGGAGAAAAAAGAAGAGAAAAAAGAAGAGGAGAAAAAAGAGGAGCCUCCAACUCCUAUUACGGUUAUAUUAAAAGUUCGAAUGCACUGUGAAGCUUGCGCUCAAGGUUUACAGAAGCGAAUCAGGAAGAUAAAAGGUGUAGAAUCAGUGGAAACGGAUGUGGCUAAUAACCAAGUGGUAGUAAAGGGUGUGGUGGACCCCGCAAAGUUGGUGGAUGACGUGUACAAGAAAACAAAGAAACAGGCAUCAAUAGUUCCGGAAGAGAAAAAGGAAGAAGAGAAGAAAGAAGAGGAAAAGAAAGAAGAGAAAAAAGAAGAGGAAAAGAAAGAAGGAGAAGAAGAGGACAAAGGAGCAGAAGAUGACAAGAAGAGUGAUAUCAAAAGAAAUGAAUAUUGGCCUUCCAAGUAUUAUUCGGAGUACGCUUAUCCUCCUCCUCAGAUGUUUAGUGAUGAGAACCCAAACGCUUGCUCCCUCAUGUGACCAACAAAUAGUUCUAAUAAUAAAUUAAUGUCUCUACUUCUCUUCUUUUGUCAUUUGUUUAAUUUCAUGCCAGCUAUAUAUGCAAUUUUCUAUGUAAUAAUAAGAUAUACUGACACUAGAAAAGGAGCAGAACUGGAGAUCAAGCAAGCUUGGCCUUAUGCCAUCUGGGCAUCCCUUAGAAAGCUAUUCUGUCUGUGGACAUAUUUAUAUAUAAAUGUACGUCUGUGGAGUUCCAAGUAGUAUUGUAUGUGUAGGUUUUUUCUGAACAAACUAAGUUGUGUCAUAAUAAUUCAUAUAUGUAACUGUUAAGUCAUUUUGGCGGCA